AUGUCAAAUCAAGUUGGUAUAGAAGUUUGUGUAGAUAGUUUACAAUCAUGUUUAGAGGCUGUUAAAGGUGGUGCCAUUAGACUUGAACUUUGUUCAGCAUUGUUUCUAGGUGGUCUUACUCCAAGUUACGGAUUGAUGAAGAUAGUCAAACAAAAACUACCAGACUUUCAAAUAAACGUAAUGAUUAGACCAAGAGACGGAGAUUUCCUUUACUCAGACGAAGAAAUAGAAAUUAUGAAACAUGAAAUUGAUAUUGCAAAGAGUUUGAAUUUCAAUGGUGUUGUAUUUGGUGUAUUGAACGCGAAUGGUACAAUCAAUAAAGAAACAACAAAGAUGUUGAUAGAAUAUUCAAAUCCAUUAUCAGUUACAUUUCACAGAGCAAUAGAUAUGUGUAGAGAUUAUAAAGAAGCAAUGAAUGAUUUAAUUAGUGUUGGUGGAAUUGAUAGAGUUUUAACAAGUGGAUUGGAAUCUUCGGUGAUGGAGGGUAUCGAUACCAUUAUUGAAAUGAUUAAGAUGGUUAAUAACGCCGGAUCAAAGAUGAUUAUAAUGCCAGGUGGGGGUGUAACAGAGAGAAACAUCAAUAAGAUUGUAAAGACUCUUAACAUUAAAGAGAUUCACCUGUCCGGUAGAAUCAAACUAGAUUCCUCAAUGCAAUUUAGAAACACAAGAGUAUUCAUGGGUGGUGAACUAAGACAAUCAGAAUAUCAAUUGGCAUACGUCGAUCAAAAUAAGAUAAAAUCAUUUCAAUCUGCUGCUAAUCAAUAA